CCUCACCCCAAGGAUGGCAGAAACCUUACAUUCCAACUCUACCUUCCUACGCCCAGCUUUCUUCAUACUGACUGGCAUCCCAGGGUUAGGGGGUGCCCAGGCCUGGCUAACAGUACUAUUUGGGCCUAUGUAUCUGCUGGCCCUGCUAGGUAAUGGAGCACUGCUGACAGUGAUGUGGAUAGACCCCACACUGCACCAGCCCAUGUUUCUACUUCUGGCUACACUGGCAGCCACAGACUUGGGUUUAGCCACAUCUAUAGCCCCAGGGCUGUUGGCUGUGCUAUGGCUUGGGCCUCGACCUGUGCCCUAUGCUGCCUGCCUGAUCCAGAUGUUCUUUGUACAUGCGCUGACCGCCGUGGAGUCUGGUGUGCUUUUGGCCAUGGCCUGUGAUCGUGCCGUGGCUGUAGGACGCCCACUGCACUACUCUAUCCUCGUCACUAAAGCCCGCGUGGGCUAUGCUGUCUUGGCACUGGCACUGAAAGCUGUGGCCAUUGUGGUACCUUUCCCUCUGCUGGUGGCACGAUUUGAGCACUUCCACGCCAAGAUCAUACACCAUGCCUACUGUGCACACAUGGCAGUGGUAGAGCUGGUGGUGGGGAACACCCGGGCUAACAACUUAUAUGGGUUGGCACUUUCACUGGCUGUGUCAGGCGUGGACAUUCUGGGCAUCGCUGGCUCCUACGGACUCAUUGCCCAUACUGUGCUUCAGCUGCCAACUCGGGAAGCCCGUGCCAAGGCCUUUGGGACGUGCAGUUCUCACAUCUGUGUCAUUCUGGCCUUCUAUGUGCCCGGUCUGUUCUCUUACCUCACACAUCGCUUUGGUCGUCACACUGUUCCUAAGCCUGUGCACAUCCUGCUCUCCAACAUCUACCUGCUGCUGCCACCAGCCCUCAACCCCCUCAUCUAUGGUGCCCGCACCAAGCAGAUCAGGGACCGGCUCCUGGCAACAUUCACAUUCAGAAAAGGCCAGUUCUAGUGGACAGAGGUAACACUGGGGCCUAGGGGUGGAGAAAGGUUUACCUGGAGCAAUGUCUGGAGUGUACAUGUGAGUUAUGCCAUCUGUUCUAUGGGUAUGACUGUGGUAAUCACUCAGUAGAUAUUUGCUGUGAUACCCAUACUGGCAUCAGUAGACUUUAUCCUAGCCACGUGUCCAGCUUGGAAGGAGGUAGAGGUAGGGAGCUACACAUUACCAUACAGGGAAACUAAGAAGAUAGAGGCCCUAAAGUGGAGAUCAUAAGAUCUAACUGAAAUCUCUUUAAUAACCCCCCACCCAGCCAGCCCAUUAUUUUAAAUCUGCCUAACUCCUCUAUCAAUCCCAA